CAGAGCAGUCUGUGCCGUCGCAACGUGGCAGGACGCUGGGUGUGAGUGAAGGAAGCGACUGAGAUAGGGAGGCCUGAGUCGAGCCCCUCUGCGGGAUGCGAGGUGACGCGUGGUGAGGCGCAAUGUACGAGAACUUCGAGCGGACUGACAUCCUGUUGUCAUGUCCUCAGGGCAGUGUGCCUUGGAUGAGGUAUCCUCUUUCGAACCUCGGCCAAGUCGAGCAGCACUGAAGAGGUGCCGCCAGGUCCAAACUGUUUACGUUCGAGGCUAACUGCGGCAGGGUUGUGACUUCACGUAGUGAUUGUGGUCGCCUCCCAGCCGUCGAUAUGGCUGACAUGCAUGACGAGUCGAAUCGGAGACGGACUUUCUUCGGCUGGCCUAUGCUACGCCCCUCUGCGGAGGAGCUGGCUCGCGCUGGGUUCUUCUACACGGGCUCCGCCGACGUGGCGCAGUGUGCCUUCUGUUGGGUGUCUUUAGGAAACUGGGAUCCAUCCGACGAUCCGUUCGAGGAGCAUCGCAGACAUAGUCCGCUGUGCUCCUUUCUACAUCGCCUGCAGACUGCCCCGGGGUCUGUCGGACAUCACCAAGCCGCUGGUAGGGAUGAGACCGGGCGUCAUCUCCACAGCCCGCCGCCGGCCGUCCAGCCCAGCCCGGCUCCCCAGGAGAUGACCACUGUGGAGUCUCGCCUGGGGAGCUUCCAGGGCUGGCCGGACGGCGCGUGUGUCCGACCGGAGGUGCUGGCCCGGGCUGGCUUCUACUACACUGGUCGUGACGAUCGAGUGCGAUGUUUCCAUUGCGGUGUCACUGUCGGUCAGUGGGAGCCGGGUGAUGAUCCCUGGUCGGAACACGCUCGCCACAGUGCCGGCUGCUACUUUGUGAAGCUGUACAAACCUGCGGAAGGCGGUUCGAGCGGAGAGAAGGUCGCCGGAGCAGGAACAUCACCGGGAGACCGUCAGGGUGGCCGGCCGAUCCUUGGUCGAGGAGCAAGGGAUACGCAGGGGACUGAGAGAGAACCCUCAGUGACAGGAAGGGAGGAUUUUGAAUCCCCAGAGCUGGCUUACCGCGAGCCCACGCCGGCCCAUGAAGUCACGUCGUUGGGCCAAGAGUCGUCCUCGCCACCGAGGCCAUCGGAUGAACCCAGACUGCCACGAGGUCACCCGGCACACGAUCAGGAAGCUGGCCUCGUUCAGCAGUCUGCAGAAGUAGCUCUAAGCCCUGAGAUUGGUCCGGGCGAGGCGCUGUCAAGCCUAGAGUUGCAACAGAUUCGAAACAUCUUAGAGUUGAACCAAGAUCCUGACCCAACGCCAGGAAUGACAGGGGCAACUGAACACCACAGUCAGACACAUGAACUCGAAGAAUCUAACUCACAUCCUGGCCCGACACAGGAAAGAUCCAACCGAGAACCUGAAGCUAUGCGGCGGCAUGUAGCAGAACCCACCCAGCACCUCCACCAGGCGCAGGAUAUUACAGGAUCCAGGCAGUCGCCUAAUGAGGUCUGGGCAGUCGCGAAACUGAGUCAGGAGUCUGCUGCUAUGAACGGUGUACCCACGACGGGAGCUGGGAGCGCCACUGCCCCGGGGGUCACCGAGUACCAGCGUCUACGCGAUGAGCGGCUCUGCAAGAUUUGCAUGGAGGGGGACGCAUGUGUGCUGUUCUUUCCCUGCAACCACAUGGCCACGUGUCCCGCUUGCGCCUUGCUGGUGAGAACGUGCUGUAUCUGUAGGUCUCCGAUCAAGGACGUGAUGCGAGUGUACAUGGCCUGACAUCAACUUUGCAGACUGAAACGAUAGUUACUGCCAAGAACUGCGAUGAUGCGAUAGCUUAAGGUACCGGUAUCGCCAUUGUUUAUUGGUAUCGGAUGCUUUCUGUGAGCGUGAAGUGGUUUAUUUAUUACUAAUAAUUUGUAUACAGUGCAAAGUAAUUUCUAUCAAAUAAAACGUUACAUAUAGGUACUUAUAGUCGGGAACGGAAUGAUUCAGGCAACGUCAAGAUUAGAUAGACUCACGGAUACACUAAACGGGAUGAUAGGACUUAGAGCGUUGAAGGAUAGAUCCAUAGGUAGCAUGAAUCAUGCAAUCAUGACUCAUGGUUCAUAUUAUCUAUGAUAGAGUAUAUUAGAGCGCUGACAGUUGUAGGUAUCAGUGGUAAACAGGAAGCUAAUAUGACGAAUAAUGGCAAUCCGGAAUCGGGAAAAAGUCCAAUGAAUAGCUGCAAUCGGAUGUUUAUUUUCACUAUGGUAUAGUGUCAUGGAUACACGGAUCAGUAAGAGCUCACUGAUCAGGGAGCUCUCCCUACCGCCCAUUCCCAACGUUGUCCUACCUCAAGGCCUUAUUGCUCACCUACCUGGGACCACGUAUCGCCGGACCACCAGCUCUGAGGCACCAGUCGUCCCAGUGUGUUCGUUACU